UUGCAUCUUGUUGGUUUCAUCUCGAGAGCACAUACUGUUCUUCCGGCGGUGCGACAAUAUGGCUACGGCAGUGGAUCAAAAGCUGCUUCGGCAGACAAAAUUCCCUGCCGAAUUUAACCAGAAGGUUGACAUGAAGAAGGUUAAUGUUGAGGUUAUGAAAAAAUGGAUUGCAGGCAAGAUCUCCGAGAUCCUUGGUAAUGAAGAUGACGUUGUUAUCGAACUCUGCUUCAAUCUGCUCGAGGGUUCGCGCUUCCCCGACAUUAAAGCGCUACAAAUCUCGCUCACCGGAUUUCUUGACAAGGAUACACCUAAAUUUUGCAAAGAUCUGUGGAACCUAUGUCUGAGCGCACAAAGCAACCCGCAGGGGGUGCCUAAAGAAUUGUUGGAAGCCAAAAAGUUGGAGUUGAUCCAAGAGAAGAUUGAUGCUGAGAAGGCUGCGGCCGACGCAAAUCAGCGCAAGGAUCAAGACCAAGUUCGUGAGAGGGAUGUUGACACUAUUCGUCAACGAGAACGAGCCGAGCGUGGACGCGGACGGGGACGCGGCAGAGGUGGUCGAGACUUUGACUCACGAAGACCUAGGUACUCAAGAUCUCCUCCUCCGCGUAGACGUUCUCCCUUCAGAGGCGCACCCUUACGCCGAGAAGCCGAUUCAUACAUUCCGGGAGGACGUGGCCGGGGAAGAGGAGCCGGUCGAGGCCGCUCCCCAACUAGAUCGAUUUCUCGUUCUCCCUCCCCGCGUCGGCGUCGGCGUGGUUCCUCCCCUUCAGAAUCCAGGUCAAGGUCCUAUUCACGAAGUCCGUCCCCACCACAACGCAGACGAGCCCGCUCAACGAGUAGGAGCAGAAGCAGGAGCGCCACAGAGACCUCACCUGCGAGACAGAAACGCAAGCCGAGAAGGGAAUCAGAAUUAGCUGGUGAAAGACGCGCACGAUCUACAACACGUUCUGAUGUAUCACGCUCACCAUCACCUAGAAGAAGACGCAUGAGUCGUUCGGUAUCGUCGAUGAGCCGAAGUCCGAGCCCUCGGCGACGCAGACAUCGUCGAAGUCGAUCGUACUCUUCAUCGCCUGCGAGAUCCAGAUCAGGGUCGGCAAACCGAAGACGAGGCAAUGGAAGAGGUGGAAGAGGUGGAAGGCGUUACAGAAGAUCUCCCUCUUAUUCCAGUGAUGAACGAGGAAGCAACAAGCGCGCUGAUGUUCUCAAAGGUCGCAAUGCACGCGAUAAUCGCCGUCUGAGCCGCAGUCCAAGUCCGCCCUCACACCGAUGCAGACGCAGCCCUAGUCAUAGCCGAAGUCCCAGUCCACGAAUGCAUCACAAGCGAAGACGCUCGCUGCGACGAUAUGAACCGGCGGCUCGGAGACGGCGCAACACUUCUUCUGUCUCCUCUCCUGAGCAGAAGCGACGUAAGCGUGAGUCUUCAGAGGAAAAUUCUGGAAGGGAACCAAUGAAUGGGCACGACAAGAGUGAUGCAGAUGGAAACUGACUUGAUUGUUGAUGGUCAACCAAGAAGGUCAGUAUCGAGACCAGCUGCUCUACCAAACUUAUCUCCGGCCCUGAAAAGCAAGUCGGUCGGGAGGAACCCGGCUUGGGCACUCCCAGCAGCUAGGGGACAUGAUUCAUCGCCGGUCUCCCCAACCGAGACCUGGUCCAGGGAAAUAAGCUGGCAGAAUUUACCCUUUCACGACUUUAUGGAGGGCUCGCAGGAUGCGCAAAGAGCGUUCCAACGUUUGCUAAUACAGCCCGCUAUGCUAUGCACGGUUAUUGCAUCAUCAAGGGAGUCAAUAAUUGCGCAGAGCCGCACAUCGUCUGGCGAGCUAGCAGCUGUCACUUUUGUUGAGUUAGACUACGUCAAGAGAAAGCCUAGAAACCCGGAGAAAUACCCGAAGCGAAGACCCCUGCGUGGAACCUGCGCUCUGCUUUUGCCUGCU